AUGGUGAACGUCUUUGCGGUUCCUGUGUUCUUCAUCUGCCUGCGCGAGUCGCUCGAAUGCGCAAUCAUUGUCGCAAUCCUGCUCUCGUUCGUCAAGCAGGUGAUUGAUCCCGGCCAGGACCCGCCUCUGUAUCGCAAGCUCGUUCGACAGAUUUGGUAUGGUGUACUCUUGGGAAUCGCCAUAUGCAUCGCUGUUGGAGCGGGAAUGAUUGGUGCGUGGUACGGCUUCGGCAAGAAUCACUUCUCCAAGACAGAAGACAUCUGGGAGGGAUGCUUUGCACUCCUCGCGACGGUCAUUAUAUCCUUCGUCGGCAUUGGCCUGUUGCGCGUGUCGAAGUUGACAGACAAAUGGCGACUCAAGAUUGCACAAGCCCUCGAGAAGAGACACCGACGCAGCGGACUUAGUGCAAAGACUCGUUUCGACGUUUGGUGUCGAAAAUACGCAAUGGUAUUGCUGCCUCUGGUGACCGUGUUACGCGAGGGACUGGAAGCAGUCGUGUUUAUUGGCGGCGUUGGACUAACGCUCCCGGCCACCUCGUUCCCAAUUGCUGUAAUCGCCGGCUUGGGAGCAGGUGCUGUUGCCGGCUACGUGAUAUAUCGCUUCUGGAACAGCACUCGCCUUCAAAUAUUUCUCAUCGUGUCGACCUGCUUCUUGUAUCUCAUAGCCGCUGGGUUGUUCUCGAAAUCGGUGUGGUACUUUGAGAAUUAUGCUUGGUCACAGAGUGUUGGCGGCGAUGCUGCUGAGACAGGCUCUGGAGCUGGCUCAUACGACAUUCGGCAGAGUGUCUGGCAUGUGAACUGCUGCAAUCCCUUGAUCAAUGGCGGCGGCGUGAUCGUUUCCUUCGGAUCUCUUGGAUUCUAUGAGAAGCGAGGGCAUUGGCCCUUCAUGAAAGGCCGGCGGGUUCAGAAGGGCGGAAAUGUCGACACUUCUGGUGAAGAGCCCGAAGCUGCUUCUGAGAAGAGCGGCAAAGUGGUACCGAUCGGGGAAGAUCUUACCAGAACCUUGGUCGUGGAAGUACAGGACAACUGA